UUGAUUUUGGUUUUUAUCAUUUAAGUUUUUGUUUUUUUUAAUUAACUUUCUUUGUUGAAGCUGGUGUCAUUUCCGUGAAAUCCCCCUAGUUUUCCUGCGAAAAACUCCCAAAACAUCCAAGCAGUCCCAGGUGCGACGCCUCCGGCAGCCUCUCGCGCUUGUCCAGCGGCCUAGGGGGUGCUGCACCUAGCCUGGAGGUGGCGACCGGAUCCAUGCAGAAGUUGGCAAAGGCCCUGGGUUUGCAGAGGCUUCCAAGCAAAGUCCUGGACGGAUUGCUACAGGAUCCGUGGCACUGCCAAAGGUUGUGGUUGCUGUCGGAUGCUGCAUUGCCUUGGCUGGUGAUGCAAUGUCGCUACUUUCAGGUCGUCAUUGCAGCGCAUUUGCCUAACCUGUUCCGCCACAUGAUGGGCGAAGGCUUGGCUCCUGAGCUCUUCUACUGCCGCUGGAUACAAGGCCUCUUUCAAGGCUGUCUCAGCGUAGAGUUGCAGCUGCGGAUCAUGGAUCACUUCAUCUUCGAAAGGUCCCUCAAGAUCUUUGUCAAGCUGGCCGUAGCCAUCUUCACUUCACUGGAGAAGAGGUUGAUUGGUCAGGACAUCGAGAAGAUGAUGGAUCUGAUCUUUGAUCCCAAGGUUUGGGAGAUUGAUGAUGAGCAGCUGAUGAAGGAAACCGUAGGGGUGAAGGUCACUCGAUCCAUGCUCAAAGAGAUUCAAUGACGCAGAAAA